GCGCCCCCGGGGCGCUGGGCUAGUGAAACUGUGCCGGGGGCUCGGGGCGCGCCGGCUUAAGAACACGGCGUACUCACCCGGCUUGCGGAGCACCGGGCUUGCCGAGCACCGGUCUGCGCACAGCCAUCCCGGCGCCGCUGUACGCACGCGCCCCGCAGCCCCUGGCUGACGCUGGCCUUCGCACCGCCUCCGCCGCCGCAGGAAGCCACCGCGCAGCGCCGGCACCAUGCCCCGCAUAGAUGCGGACCUUAAACUCGACUUCAAGGAUGUUCUGCUGCGACCUAAGCGGAGCAGCCUCAAGAGCCGAGCCGAGGUGGAUCUUGAGCGAACUUUUACAUUUCGAAACUCAAAGCAGACCUACUCAGGGAUCCCCAUCAUUGUGGCCAACAUGGACACCGUGGGGACAUUUGAGAUGGCUGCAGUAAUGUCAAAGCAUGCCAUGUUUACAGCCGUUCACAAGCAUUACUCCUUGGAAGACUGGAAAUGUUUUGCGGAAAACCACCCUGAGUGCCUGCAGCAUGUAGCCGUGAGUUCGGGCAGCGGGCAGAAUGAUCUAGAGAAGAUGAGCCGCAUCUUGGAAGCUGUGCCACAGUUGAAGUUCAUCUGCCUGGAUGUGGCCAAUGGGUAUUCGGAACAUUUUGUGGAAUUCGUGAAACUGGUCCGAUCCAAAUUUCCUGAACAUACCAUCAUGGCAGGAAACGUGGUAACAGGCGAGAUGGUGGAAGAGCUCAUCCUUUCUGGAGCAGAUAUCAUCAAAGUGGGAGUUGGACCGGGUUCUGUGUGCACCACCCGAACCAAGACAGGAGUGGGCUACCCCCAGCUGAGUGCCGUAAUCGAGUGUGCCGACUCUGCCCAUGGCCUCAAGGGGCACAUCAUCUCUGAUGGAGGCUGUACAUGUCCAGGAGAUGUCGCCAAAGCCUUUGGAGCCGGUGCAGACUUUGUCAUGCUGGGAGGCAUGUUUUCAGGCCACACCGAGUGUGCAGGAGAGGUGAUCGAGAGGAACGGGCAGAAGCUGAAACUCUUCUAUGGCAUGAGCUCGGACACGGCCAUGAAGAAACACGCGGGAGGAGUCGCUGAGUACAGGGCCUCUGAGGGCAAAACUGUGGAAGUGCCUUACAAAGGGGACGUAGAGAACACAAUCCGGGACAUCCUUGGAGGACUGAGGUCUACCUGUACCUACGUAGGGGCUGCCAAGCUCAAGGAGCUCAGCAGGAGGGCCACGUUCAUCCGGGUGACCCAGCAGCACAACACAGUGUUUGGCUAACUGCGGAGCCUCGGAGGUGUUGAGCUGAGUAGAGGCCACCUCUGGCCACGCUUCCCCCAUCCCUUUGUCUGUCAUAGCAGGCUGGCUGCUCUGCAUGGUGGGACACUGCCACCACUGACGCUGACAUUGAGUCCUUGUCCUGAUCUUGCACCCAGAGGCCUUGGGCCUUGCCCUGGUGUGCCCGUGUGGAGCCCAGAAGCAGGGUGCUCCUGGGGCCCUGGGUCAGCACCUAGAACUCAUUGUCUCCUUGUUUCAACCACGCCUUGCACCCUUGCCUUCCUCUAAAGGACGAUGGUUUCACUUUUAAUAGAAUGCUGUGAUCUUGAUUGAGUGCUGGAGUUUGCAUGUUCAGGAGCAUAGUUGUAUCAAGUCACGCUGUGAGUCGGGAAAGUCUUCCCAGCCAGGAACAGGAAGUGCUGAAAUGUCAGACAUCAUCCAAAGAAAAGAAGUUGCAAUGGCUUGAGAAGGGAACUUAGAGAAGUACUUCCGGCCUAGGAAUGGACAGUAUCCUCAAACAGUGGAAUACAGUUUCCCAUCCUUCACACAAGAGCCGCAUGUAACAAAACAGAACAGUAAGCAUAGCUAUAGUAUAGUUGAAGAGCCUCUGACGUCGUAAUUCUUCCAGGCCAUAACCAUACAAAUUGGAUCAUCAAGACAACAAAUUUCUAUAUACAAGAAAAAUAAAACCCCAGAACAUGUAACUGUCAA